AGGCUUCCGUACCAAAACAAGGAAAUGAUGAACGCAUGCGCAGCAGCCAAAACUAGCUCCACAACUAGAUUUACUCCAGUUUUCUACCACAGUUAAAAGCUUCCAGUGUGGUUUUAUACGUCUGCAGUGUUUGAAACCGGUCCAGAACAUGUUCCGGACUGGUUUACUGGUCCGAACCGCGUUCACUUUACUAACGUGGGUCAUAACUCUCAUUCUGUUUUUGAGCAACACCGAUUUGCGGAGAUGUGAGGAGCGAGGAGAGCUGCUGCCGCCGGCUCUGUUCUUCCUGCUCGUCACGUUGUCGGUGCUCCUGUACUUCACCGUCUCCUUAAUGGAUCCAGGAUUCGUUCUCUCCGACACGCUAAAGACCGGUCAGGGUAUAGGUGAAGAAACGGAGUUGAUGAUUUCUCAGCCGUCGACCCCUCGGCUGCGGCGCUGUGGCUUCUGUCUGCUGCAGCAGCCAAUGAGAGCGAAGCACUGUCAGACGUGCACACGCUGCGUGCGGCGCUUCGACCACCACUGCCCGUGGAUGGAGAACUGCGUUGGGGAGCGGAACCACCGCUGGUUCGUCGUCUACCUGCUGGUGCAGCUGCUGACUCUGCUGUGGGCUGUCCACAUCGCCCUCUCCGGGAUUUUUCCAGGGGAGAAGUGGGGGCUGUGGUUCCAAGCCAAUGGCGUUUUGCUGGUGGCGCUAGGCUUUGUUGGGAUUUUCUCUGUGGUGGUGCUGCUUCUGCUGGGCUGCCACUUCUACCUGAUCUCCAUCAACUGCACCACCUGGGAGUUCAUGUCCCGUCACAGGAUCUCGUACCUGAAGGACCGGGGAGCAGAGGAGAACCCGUUUGACCGCGGCGUUUUCUGCAACCUGUGGGAUUUCUUUUGCGUCUGCAGGACGGUGAUGUGGGAACAGGUUCACAAGAAGGUCCCCGAUUCUGUCUGAACACACUGAGAGGGUGCACCAAAGACAAAUACCAUUUCCUCUGGUUUCAGAAGCGGCCCUGAGCAGUUUCAAAGGAUUUUCAAAGCUUCUGGCCUGUGGCUGUCUUCUUGAAGUAGCUUUUGUUUGGUUGAAAACCUGGUGUCUCCUCCACACAACGGUUAGUUUAGGAACAGUUAUUGGGUCGGUAGGGAUGUGUAUUGGUGAAAUUCUGGCGAUACAAUACGUAUUACGAUACAGGGGAGACGAUACAAUAUAUCACGAUAUAUUGCGAUACAUUCAGUCAGACGAUAUUGGCGAUUUUUUAGACUAAAUUUAUUAUAGGAAAAUUCAAUAAACAGUCCAAACUGAUACUUGACAUGUUUAACCAUAACAGAGGGAUUUACAUUUCAAUGCUGGAAUCAAAACCCAUUACACACUGCUGCCAACUAGUGGUCGGCGUUUGAAUUGCACCACAAGAAAAGAAAAUUCACAAAUGUUUCCAUGUAAAUUCUUCCAAAAAUUAGAUACGACACUUUGGAAUAUCGAUACAUUUUUGCAAGAAAAAAUAUCACGAUAUAUUGCGAUAUCGAUAUUUUUGAUACACUGCUUUUUAAUAUCGAUAUAAUAUCGCUGGGGAAAAUAUCACGAUAUAUUGCCAUAAUCGACAUUUUCUUACAUCCCUAUGGGUCGGUGAAGAUAAACCUAAAGUCACCUGAGAGUCUUGUCUUUAGGUGUUACGACCCAGGUGUGUAGGGGACCUGUGGCGACAUGGAGGACGCGUGACACAAGCGAUGAAGGUUACCGAAGGUUUGUUUGCCGUGUCACCCUUCACCAAGUUCCUGAUCUUUCUUUUCUCUUUGAUUGUUGAGGCCAAAACAACACGAAUGAACACAAACAGGUCGAAGCUGCAGAGUGUGGCUCCAAAGGUCCUUUAUGCUCUGGCAUCUGGUGAUGGUGCAGCGCCAUGGCAACGCACAAGAACAGUGGAACAGGCGCUCAUGAAACAUCACAGGUGGCCGUGGGAGAGCCGCAUCUUAAACCAGGGAAGCACCGUGUGUGUGCAUCAACAUCGGCAUCGAUCCGAUCAGUAAACCUGGGCCCGUAUGGUAAUCAUCUCAGAAGCAUACGUGUGUGUGUGUGUGUGUGUGUGUGUGUGUGUGUGUGUGUGUGUGUGUGUGUGUGUGUGUGUGUGUGUGUGUGUGUGUGUGUGUGUGUGUGUGUGUACAGAACAUGUGGCAAAUCCCACUUUAUAGAAAUAAAGCAAAACAUUCAAAAAUUCA